UUAACCAGAGCUAAAAGUAGAGUGAAUAUUGGGUUUACGUUCACCAGGUGGACACAAAAAUGACUCCAAAUGAAUGCAAAUGUUACUCUGUGUCUGCUGAAUAUACAAAUAAUUCACCAUAUCAACUUCAAAGGUGGUAAUAUGUCAGCGUUGUGUUUAAAGCUGAUUUCUACUGCCCCCAAGUGGCCAAAAAUCAAAUAAUGCAACAAUUAAUUUUUUGUUGAUUGUUGAUUUCAGCUCUAGUCUAUUAUACAUAUUUGGCUAUAUACAUAUUCCACAUGUUGAGUUUUCAAAGGCUGGAUACUAAAUAUCUCAAAAUUUGACAGUAUUUAGGCAAAAAACUAAACAGCUCAAGCUUAAGAAUUUUCCAUCAGAAAGUCUAUCUGAUGGUGUAGAGAAGGCUUUGCAAUAAUAUUCAGACAAUAUACAAUUUUUAUUUAUUUGUUUAUUUGUUUUUAAAGAAAUAGUAGAUUUUUACAGACUUUGGUUGGUGGCUGGUCACAAUUUCUUUGAAUGAGGGCUCAGGAUCUCGGUAUAUCUCAGACCUUAGCUACGGCCCUGAAUGAAAGGGGUUUCUUUCUUACUUACUUUCCUUCUCUCUCUCUUUAGGACCCUGUUGUAGCUACCUGCUGAUCCCUCAGAGCUUUGACGUCAGCGCUGUAAACGGUGGAGAUCUCCGGUGCGCGGCGGCAUCGGUGCCCAUAGGCGCAGCGUCCGUCCAGCGCGCAACGCAGGCGGCUGCGGCGGCACCAGCAGCAUCUACAACACUCAGCUCAGACUUCCCCGCCCGACUCUCACACACAUCCACACACCACGAGUAAAGGAUACAUCUACACACACACAGGGACAUCCUCCCCGGGUUUUGAACCGGUCCCCCUCUCUUCGCCUCUCCAGCCCCGCCAUGUCCUCUGCUGUCACCGAGACGGAGGAGUCGGCGCGCAGCUCCCCGCUGACACCGCUGAAGCUGGUCGGGCUGGUGUGCGUCUUCCUGGCGCUCUGCCUGGAUGUGGGAGCCGUGAUGAGUCCGGCGUGGGUGACGGCCGAUGACCAGUACUACCUGUCCCUGUGGGAGUCCUGCUGGAAGCCGGCGAGCACCGAGAACUGGCAUUGCAACAGCACCCUGGGCUCAGACUGGCAGGUUGCUACGCUUGCCCUGUUGCUAGGGGGUGGAGCACUGGUGCUGAUGUCGUUCCUGGUUGCUCUGGUUGCCGUGUGCAUCGGCACGAGGCGGCGAUUCUACGCACCCGUCGCCUUCAUGCUCUUUGCCGCAGUUGUCCUCCAGGCCUGCAGCUUGGUCCUCUACCCCAUCAAGUUCAUUGAGAGCAUCAACCUAAGGAUCUACCACGAGUUCAACUGGGGCUACGGCCUGGCCUGGGGGGGGACCAUCUUCUCCUUUGGCGGGGGAAUCCUCUACUGCCUCAACCCCAAGAACUACGAGGAGUACUACUAGCUCCAAUUCAAGCUCGAAACCUACAGCCACGCGGUGGGAGAGGUAUUCAGAGGGUGAGGAGGGGGUUGGAGGGGGUUGUAUAUUAACGACUCAUUUCCCAAGAACUGUCAGGAAUACUGUACACUGGAUUUGAGCCAAUAACACAAGCUUCAUCCCCAGAGAAUGAAGCUGGCGGUCAGAUUUCUUUUCUUGCCUCAGUCUACAGGAGAGAGAGCGCUGAGGCUGGUGGGUUUGUGACCUGAUAGCUGUAAUGUCACUGGGUCCAUCCUGGGGAGGGGUGGGAGCGGGUGGGGAAGGGUUUAUUUCCAGGACUUGUGACACUCCUGGGAGAACUGGCAACCCUGCAGAAACAAAGGAUGGAGGUUUACAGUGACGCCGCCACCUCUGUUUGAACUACUAUUAUUAUGUCACCAAUGACAACCCAACUUACUGACUCACUUAUCAAGAAACUGGAUGUCAGACUGGGAGGCUUUUACCGCACGUUUACGCUUGUGUGCACAUGCAAAGGCACGCGUACCUUCCCCUGUAAACAUCAAAUCCCCGGGCUGGACAUACAUAUUCUCUGAAAAUCCAGUCUCCUGCUCCGCUGACAUGUGAAGUGCAUCAUCAUCAUCAUCUUUGCUUUGUUAGGAGUUGUUGGAUUUUGUUUUUCAGAGUCCUCUGAAGCUCUUAAACUUUCACAAAGACAUGGAAGAGGAUCAGAUGCUACAGUUGCACUUCAUAACUUUUCAUAAGACAGAUAGAUCCCUCUUGGGGGCGGUAAGGGGAGUCGAUAUUCUGUUAUCGACCCACUUGUCUGUUACCGCAGCAACCCGCAGGGUGUGCACAUGCAGCUGUCAUGAUUGAUUAGCCAUGGUUGGAGGUGUGAGACGGGACUUUGCUCAGCUGCCUCCAAGGGUCUGCUAAAUUUCGAUUCCCAAUAGAGACGAGUUUCUCUGCAAUGUGGUGUUUGGAGCAUCCUUCCUUGUCUGGUCCAGCUCCUCUGCAUCCUGUUUUCUGUGUGGGAGUGUCCGCUAUACACACUACAUCAGUAUCCCAGACAGAGUCUCUCAGUGGCCAUGUUAACAUGUAUAACAGUAGCCCAAGUAAACUAGGAUCUCUGCUCUGAAUGUAAUAAUAUGAUUAUGCGUUCAGGUGAAGUAAGUACAAUGACAGGAGCAAAUACGGAGUACUGUGACUCGACUAGACACCCCUUAGGGCACGCAUUCACCUUUGUCUCAUUUCAUAAACUCUAUUUAAAUUCUCCAAGUGCCCAGCUCAGAUCGAGGUGGAAGGGAAGUGUGGCUUUUAGUGAAGAUGGUGGCAGCAGCAGUUCAGAGCUGUGUCCAAAAUCAUUCCCUAUUUGCUGCUGGCUGUAGUGCUCUAUACUCAAGGGUUUAAGAGUGGUGUCAGUGUGUGGGCUGGGAGGAGGGCUUUAUGAAGUCAAGAUUCUGACUUAUUUUUCAUAAAAAUAGAUGUCAAUCUAACAAACGCAUUAUGAUGAAUUUGGUUAUGGUUCUUUCCAUUAUUUUGGGAGUUCACCAAAGAUUACUGUGUAAAUUGAUGUAUAAUUAAUGCACUACCACUUUAAAAUCGCGUGCAGUUUCAUUGAUCGAGACCGGAUGUAUGUCAUGAUAUGAUAGAUAAUGUUAAGCAUCUUUACUAAAAGGAGUGUACUGCAUUAUGUUUGAUCGAUGUAGCUAAUUAAAUUAAAGAUUCGAUUUUUUUUUAUCCCAAACACAUGCAGAAGAAGUGACUUUUUUUAACCCUGAGUACUGUCUGCAGAUUUUCCUCUAAGGCUGUGUACAUCCCUAACAGAUUCCAUCAAUCAGAGCAGCCCAGUGUUACCAGGAAUUAUGUCCAUAUUGGACAAUUCUGCACCAAUGAUUUACAUCCAGUGCUAUCUUUCAGUGUCAAUGAAACAAGUAGUGUGGCCCUUUAUGUAGUGAGGGUUGGCGUGGUGACUGGGUGUGUAAUGAGACUGACUUUCUUGUGGGAUACUGGAGUUUGCAUCCUGUUACAGACUUUGCUUUGUUAUUUACUGUAUUAAUCUUUCUUUGGCCUUAACCCAGUGUUUUAGUUUCCUAAGCCUAAACUUAACCGGACUGUAGUUUCCAUGUCCAGAUUGUUAAAAGUGAGAAUUUUAAAAACAUUGGCACUGAACUGCCCAACAUCAUGUGAUUUCCUGGCGAUAGGUUUGUUCAGAGGGUGUGGACAGCCUGUAUGGAGCCUGAGAGGCAAAACCCAGGGCAAAAACCUACAAAUAUUACUCACUUCUGCUCAUUAUGGGCACACAGUAACAAUUCAAGGCAACUCAGAUGAAUGCAUGAUUAUUAAUAAAUACAAUACUUGACAAGUGUAAAAAUCUUAAUUUACCAAUGGAGCAUCCUGCUGAGUGUUUAUUUUCUUGAAAAUGAGUAAAUGAAGGAGUAACUUUGGACACAGUCUCUAAAUUUAGGAGAAAUUUAGUAUUUGAGUAUACAUUACAUGUUUUGCUAAAAGACAUAUGUUUACUCAUAUUAACAGGAUUACUGCAGAGGACAUAGUCAGACCAUUGCAUAACUCCCUGUAUGAGGAAUAGAUGCAUCAGUAUAUGCAUGUAAACAUAGCCACUGAAGUGACCUAUUUAUAAACCGCAUCAGAACGUAUCUGAUAAGUUCAGGCCACGUUUCAUUAACACCAAACUGCUGUCUCCUUGUCUGAAGUAAAUGUCAGGGAUCAGCCAGUGUGUGUUGGUUUUGGUGGAAAACAAGCCUGGCAUGCAUCUGUUGGCACAAGAAAAGCAAAUGCUGAUAUCAGCCAGUAUCAAAUGCCAGUAUUAAUGGAUGCUGGGACCCAUCUCAACAGAAAAAUUAGGAUUGUAUUUUACAUAAAAGCAUCACCACCUUACAGAAAAGCUCAUGUGAUAAUUGCUGCUUUCAUGUCCCAACAGGCUGAUUUGAAUUGGAACAGUAUUUAUCUAGUUUCCACUGUUUCCCCUGCCCUCAGGGUUUGGCUCUUAUCCGCUUGUUUGGGUGGUAGCCAUGGAUCCAGUGCAAUAUCUGAGUGGAAAGAUGGAGGGAUAGAGAAGCAAAUAUUGUAACUUGUACACUGAUUUUAAAUUCUGCAGGUGAUAAAGCAUUUUUUUUCUUUGCUGCCAUUGUGCACAAACCUAUUUAUGUCUUCUCUCACCUCAAGUGUAAAUUUAUGUUCUCCUGUGUGCUGAAUUAGUUUCCUAACCCUAUGACCUCCAUACUCCAUUCAAAGCACAUUCUGUUCAUUUCAAAAGUGCACAGGGAGUUGAAUGUAAAAUAAUCAUUCCCUGGCUGACAUUUUGGAGAUACAGGCGGCAUCUUGUCUGUCUGCUCUCUAUUGUCACAUAUUUACCGUGAAGCUGUCAAGGAACCAUCACCCAAAAAUAGGAUCCAGGCUACCUCCCUCGCCACCUUAACAAAUGUAAAAGUGUGCAGCCGAGACACGGCUCAUGCAGCUGGCACAAGUCCAUUUAUUUUAUAUUAACUGAGACGGUGAUGUUUACCACAGACAAAAUCAUUUCCUCUGCUGUUGAUGAGGAGAGGUAUUGUUUGUUUUUGGCAGCACUGCCUGUCACUACAACACCAUGGCUUCUAAAAGAGCUGAUGCGAACAGAAGAAGAAUCGCUAACACUUUAGAUUACAGCCCGCUAAUUACAGUGUGAUUAUUUAGUAUAUAUAGGGUAUCAAUAGAAUGCUCAAUGGGUACCUGUGCUGGGAUAAAUAUGUAAGUGCAAGAGAAGAAGGCAAAAGGACAAUUAGAUGGUAACAAGGAAGGAAAAAUUGGGAAAACAGUGGAACAGUGCUAGUAUUGUAAUGAAAUUAGUUAUGGUAUCAUUUAUUUUUAUAUUCUACUUUUGGAAAGUACAUUGUAAAAUGUUUUUAAAUAUGUCUGUAUUUAUAAUUAAAUUUAUUUUUGCUAGGGAACAAAACAUUCGACUAAGCCUGAGUCCUGAAAUCCAUAAAAGGCAGUUAAAGGUUAUCAGACAAGUCAACAAUACAACCGAAUACAACUAUGAAUAAUUUAAAAAGAAAUUAUACUUUUAUAAUUAUAUAAGCGUUAUACUUUUCCUUCAACUUCUAAUCAGUUGGUUAAAUAAAUUAAAAUGUAAUUUAUUUUACCCUACUAUUUAUCUUUCGCUAGCACAUUUUAGUUUUCACUCAACUUUGGAACACACACAAGCACACACACUCCCACAGUGGACCAAUCACAGCUCUGGACAUGCAUGGACACGCCCAUCUCAUGAACAUAAAAGCAUUAGGAAAAUUGGAAAUGUUGCAUGGGGGAAAAUAAGGAAUAGAUAACUUAUUGAGUGUGUACUAAGACCAAAAACAGGUAAAUAAUACCAAGUGCCACAUGUGGUUUGGCUCCUUUGUAAAAGGACAUAAAGGAUAAUCCUGUCUGUUUCCUGUAAUAGUUUAAUCUGUAUUGGGCAAUUUUUUCUAUUCUUAUCCCCUGCUUUUAUGUCCUUGUAGCUACCACGGGUACCUGCUAUGUAUUUCAUUGUUAUCCUUUAUGUGCAAUAUAUUUACACUGUAAUUUGCGGGCUGUAAUGUAAAGCAUCAACUGGAGAAUAAACUUGUGGGCAGGAUGUGGUGGAGAGUGAAGCUACUUAAUUUCAUUCUAUUUCUCACAUAAACCUCAUGUCUCUCUAACCCUGUCAGAUGUAGAGAAACUUGUCCAUGCCUUUAUCUCCUCCAGACUGGACUACUGCGAUGUGCUCCUCACAGUGAUCCCUGGCAGGAGCAUCCAGAAGCUCCAGUACAUUCAGAACAGAGCUGCCAGGAUCCUGAUGAC